AUGGAUACUCCAUUAGGUGAAGGAGGCCAUAAACCCAAAAUUGGAAUGAUAUUCAAGUCCUUUGAAAAUGCAUACAACUUUUACAAUGCUUACGGACGUGAAGUUGGAUUUAGUGUGAGAAUAGAUUAUUCCAAUAAAAACACUAAAACUGGAGAAAUUACUUCUACCCAAUUUGUAUGUUGCAACGAGGGUUACAGAGUAAAUGACAAAAGGGACCAUCUUACAAAAGAAGCUAGGGCAGAAAUAAGGGUCGGAUCAAUUGACGUCGACUUGGCUGAUGAUUCUGGACUACCAGUUGGUUCUUCAUAUGAACUAAUGGGACGACAAUCUGGUGCAAGAGAAGCGCUUGGGUUUACAAAAGUAGACCAAAAAAAUUAUUUGAGAACCAAGAGACAAAAACAAUUACAAUCUGGAGAGGCUGGAUUCAUAUUUGAGUAUUUUCAAUCACAGAUGUUGGAAAAUCCCUCAUUUUUUCAUGCUGUUCAGUUGGACAAAGAUGACUAUAUAACCAAUAUAUUUUGGGCUGAUGCAAGGAUGAUUAUUGACUAUGGUCAUUUUGGAGAUAUUGUGUCGUUCGACACAACAUACAAGGUGAAUAACGUGAAUCGACCAUUUGCCGCUUUUGUUGGUCUGAAUCAUCACAGAGAAACAGUUAUAUUUUGA